CAGUUGUAUGUUAUAAAUAUAUUGUGUUUAUUACGCUUGUAUCUCUUUAAGAGGCUCUGAAACUACGCAGCUGCGGCUAUCUGGAGCGCUUGGCUGAGUCGUAGUGCUCGUACACAACUCCCACAUCCUUCCCACUCUGGCUGUAAUGGAAUAGGAAAGUACUGGUGAAUUGAUCAUCAAUCACAGACACAAUGAGGUACUAGAAUGGAAACCUAAACAGAAGCAGUGGUUGCCGUGUUCACAGCCCUUGCAUACUGCAGUGGUGCUGCGUCAAGAGCAGACGUGCUUGUGAAUGUGACGAGGAGCGAGGGCUUGGAAUUCUCAGGCUGAGAUACUGAAGAGCAGCCACUGCAGCCUGUGACAGCGCCUGUCUCCAUGUCUGCCCCGGCUAGCAGGAGGACUUCCACUGGAUCCCACAGAUUCAACCCUCUGAAGGCUCUGCAGCCGAAACGCCGCUUGCAACAAAUGUUGUCUUCCCCUUUAGCACGGCAGACUCUUCCGGUCAGUCCAGGGAUCCGGGACCCCGGCUGCACCUCCUCCCUGAGCAGCAGCAGCAAUUCGGGAUCCUGCAAGGGCAGUGAUAGCAGCCCCACCCCCAGACGGCACAUGAAGUAUGCAUCUUGCAGUGAUAAUCAUGGGAUCAAGCCUCCUACCCCAGAGCAGUACCUGACCCCUCUGCAGCAGAAAGAGGUCUGCAUUCGGCAUCUGAGAGCCACGCUGAAAGAGACCAUGGACAAAGCGCAGCAGAGAGACUCGGAGAUCGAGGACCUAAAGACGCAGCUGUCCCGGAUGCAGGAGGACUGGAUCGAGGAGGAGUGCCACCGGGUGGAAGCGCAGCUGGCGCUCAAGGAGGCCCGCAAAGAGAUCAAGCAGCUGAAGCAGGUCAUCGACAACGUCCGGAGCAACCUCACUGACAAGGACAAGGGCAUCCACGAGUACUUUGUGGAAAUCAACAGCCAGAACAAGAAACUGGAGACCCUGCUGCACAGCAUGGAGCUGGCACAGAACGACUCACCCAGGGAAGAGGGAGCAGGGGGCUUGACCCUUGAGUCCGCAGGGGGGUCCCCAGCCAGAUCCCUUACCCGCAGCUCCACCUACACCAAGCUGAGCGACCAGGCAGGUGCGGAGAAGAGCACUGACUUUCCCAGCUUUUUGGCGGAGGAGACCAUGGAUAGCGGCUUUGUCGGUGGCGAGAGCGGCAACAGCAGGACAGAGCUCCAGGAGCCGGGUUUCUUAUCUGAGGAUGUCUCCCUUCUGACCACUUACACCGCCGGCUCCAAGCUCCCCCAGAGCUCCACCUAUGAGAAGCUGGCGAGCUGCCUGAGCAGCAUGGAGAUGGGCAGCAGCAGCAAUAACCACCAGCUCUUCCAGGAGAUGAAGGAGCAAGCCAUCCAGACAGACUUCAUCCAGUACAACCCCGACCUGGACACCAUCAUGGAGAAGGUGAUGAAGUCUCAGGCCUGCAGCCCCACCUCAAUUUGGAGCUCCGAAGCCAAGGACAUGGACCUUGUUCAAUUCGACCAUGACUAUACCUGUGCGGUGGACCUGGCUCCCAGUAACCCCAACGCAGUAAUCGCAGUGACUGGUAUUGAAGGGGCCAUCGGUGAGCCUACAGUGCAGCAGCCCACAAGUGCCAGGGGGCAACAGACUACCAUAGACACCCUGGAGAUGGUGGAAGUAGUGGGUGAAAAAGGGGAGGAAGGGGGGGAGAACAGUGAAGCUGCUGCAGAAAUGAGCACCCAGAAGAGCUACUGGAGCCGCCACUUUUUGGUGGACCUGCUGGCCGUGGCGGUGCCUGUGGUGCCCACCGUGGCCUGGCUGUGCCGUGGGCCGCGUCGGGAGGGCCAGCCUGUCUACAAUAUCAGCUCUCUGCUGCGCGGCUGCUGCACCGUGGCCCUGCACUCCAUCCGCAAGAUCAGCGGCGGCCGCCCCGGUAACGGGGGUACCCAGAUCUGAUCUGAUCACUGACGCCCACCUCCUCCAGCAUUGCACUGAGACACCCAGACUGACAACAUGCAUUGUUUAGACACUGAUUGUAGCUUCUGCUGUAGCACGGUGGGGGUUGGGUCAGCAGUCAUUUAGGUUUAUAGUAAAGCGAUGAGCAACAUGUGGAGGCAGAGCCUUCAAUUACAACUGAAAUCUAUAUAUCUAUAUAUAUAUAUAUUCUCUAGGAAUCUGUUUGUGCAAAACAGUUGAAUUGUGUGGGUAUUUACUGUUUAAUACACUGUCAUCCAGUUUCACAGACCCUGAUUAACACUAGUCCUGGUAGCAUGGUUAGUCCUGAUCACUGAAACCAGUCGUGAAUGCAUUGUGUAUAUAGAUAUAUUUUAUGUGUAAUAUGUAAAUCUCAGUUGAAAACCCAGAAAUGUAUGUUUAUAAAAAGCAAAGCCCAUGUUCAGUCUCUGGAAAGAUAAAACCACCGGAGUGGGAUUCCGAGAAGCCUUUUUAUUUCUCUGACUCUGGCUCUGCUGUUGCUCGUUGCUCACAUCUGCAGUUGUGUUUUCUCACUGAAAUUAGCUUUCUCUAUUGCAACAAGUUGAGUUUCCUCUUACAUAUUUGGGCUUGUCCUUACUUAAUUAAAAUCAAAUGUCUCUUUUAAUAAGUAAAG